GGGGAAGAUCUAGGAGGGAUGGGGAAACAAAAAGUAAGGGGCACGAGCAGAGUUUGGAGGAGGGAAGAAGACCUGAGAUGAGUGCAUGUGGGGCGGUGAGCCGGGGGAGUGUCCUCAUUCCCCGCUGGUCACAGAGAAGCUGCUGGUGAUCACCGUGGCCACAGCCGAGACGGAGGGAUACCGGCGUUUCCUUCGAUCCGCUGAGUUCUUCAACUAUACAGUGCGGACACUGGGCCUGGGAGAGAAGUGGCGAGGGGGUGAUGUGGCCAGAACAGUCGGUGGAGGACAGAAGGUCAGGUGGCUAAAGAAGGAAAUGGAGAAAUAUGCAGACCGGGAGGAUAUGAUCAUCAUGUUUGUGGACAGCUAUGAUGUGAUUUUGGCUGGCAGCCCCUCAGAACUGCUGAAGAAGUUCGUCCAGAGUGGCAGCCGCCUGCUGUUCUCUGCAGAGAGCUUCUGCUGGCCCGAGUGGGGGCUGGCAGAGCAGUACCCUGAGGUGGGCACGGGGAAGCGCUUCCUCAACUCUGGUGGAUUCAUUGGCUUUGCCCCCACCGUCCACAAAAUUGUCCGCCAGUGGAAGUACAAGGAUGACGAUGAUGAUCAGCUGUUCUACACUCGACUCUAUCUGGACCCAGGACUGAGGGAGAAAUUCAGCCUUAAUCUGGAUCAUAAAUCCCGGAUCUUUCAGAACCUCAACGGGGCUUUAGAUGAGGUGGUUUUAAAAUUUGAUCAAAAUCGUGUGCGUAUACGGAAUGUGGCCUACGACACGCUUCCUGUUGUGGUGCAUGGGAACGGUCCCACUAAGCUCCAGCUGAAUUACCUGGGAAACUAUGUCCCCAAUGGCUGGACUCCUGGGGGAGGCUGUGGAUUCUGUGACCAGGACCGGAGGACACUCCCAGCGGGGCAGCCUCCCCCCCGGGUGCUUCUGGCCGUGUUUGUGGAACAACCAACCCCGUUCCUGCCCCGCUUCCUGCAGAGGCUGAUGCUCCUGGACUAUCCCCCCGACAGGAUCACCCUCUUCUUGCAUAACAAUGAGGUGUACCAUGAGCCCCACAUUGCCGACUCCUGGCCCCAGCUCCAGGACCACUUCUCAGCUGUGAAGCUGGUGGGGCCGGAGGAGGCCCUGACCCCAGGCGAGGCCAGGGACAUGGCCAUGGACAAGUGUCGGCAGGACCCCGAGUGUGAAUUCUACUUCAGUCUGGACGCUGAUGCCGUCAUCACCAACCAGCAGGUCCUGCGCAUCCUCAUUGAAGAAAACAGGAAGGUCAUAGCACCCAUGCUGUCCCGCCAUGGGAAGCUGUGGUCAAACUUCUGGGGAGCCCUGAGUCCCGACGAGUACUACGCGCGCUCCGAGGACUACGUGGAGUUGGUGCAGCGGAAGCGAGUGGGCGUGUGGAAUGUGCCCUACAUUUCCCAGGCAUAUGUGAUCCGGGGGGAGACCUUAAGGACAGAGCUGCCUCAGAGGGAGGUGUUCUCCGGCAGUGACACCGACCCAGACAUGGCCUUCUGUAAGAGCCUGAGGGACAAGGUGAGCAUGGCAGCAGGACCCAGUGCUGGGGUGCCGGGAGGCAGCCACCUCGUGUCUCCUUCUCACACCCUCUCCCCACUCCAGGGCAUCUUCCUCCAUCUCAGCAAUCAACAUGAAUUUGGCCGCCUCCUGGCCACUUCCCGGUAUGACACAGACCACCUACACCCCGACCUCUGGCAGAUCUUUGACAACCCCCUGGACUGGAAGGAGCAGUAUAUUCACGAGAACUACAGCCGGGCUCUGGAAGGGGAGGGACUCGUGGAACAGCCAUGCCCAGAUGUGUACUGGUUCCCUCUGCUCUCAGACCAAAUGUGUGAUGAGCUGGUGGAGGAAAUGGAGCACUAUGGUCAGUGGUCAGGAGGCCGGCAUGAGGACUCAAGACUAGCUGGAGGCUACGAGAAUGUGCCCACCGUAGACAUCCACAUGAAGCAGGUGGGCUAUGAGGACCAGUGGCUGCAGCUGCUGAGGACGUACGUGGGGCCCAUGACCGAGAGCCUGUUCCCAGGCUACCACACCAAGACCCGGGCAGUGAUGAACUUUGUGGUCCGCUACCGGCCGGAUGAACAGCCUUCUCUGCGGCCACAUCAUGAUUCAUCCACCUUCACUCUCAACGUUGCUCUCAACCACAAGGACCUGGAUUAUGAGGGAGGUGGCUGCCGCUUCUUACGCUAUGACUGUUCGAUCUCAGCCCCACGGAAGGGCUGGGGGCUUCUGCACCCAGGCCGUCUCACCCACUACCAUGAGGGGCUGCCUACCACGAGGGGCACUCGCUACAUCAUGGUGUCCUUUGUCGACCCCUGACACUCAACCACUCUGCCAAACCUCUCCUGCCGUUGUGCCUUCUCAUGCCCCACUCCUUGGAGAGGGUCUGUCUGGCUCUUUAUCUACUGAGUGUAUGUUCGGUGUGUCUGGGACUGGAUGUCUCACCUCGCUCCCCAACCCCCAACACACAGCCCUCUCAAGAAGCUCCUGGAGCCCCCUUGUCCCUCCCUUCAGCCCCCAAGAGUUCAUGGGAGAGCUUAUGGGGUUCCCCAUGUGAUAACUUAUUGUUUCUUAGCCUCACUCCCAAUAAAGGAGGAUUUGUAA